AUGAGGCAAGAAUACAGUUUGAGGGUUUCAAGAAUUAAAGACAAAGUGUGGAGAUUGCCUUUUCGGGGACAUGAUGAUUCUUCAACAUCAUCCAAUAGAGGCAAUUUUUUAGAAUUGCUUAAAUGGUAUAGCUCAGAGUGUCCAGAAGUUGCGGCAGUUGUUGGAAUGAAUGCACCUGGAAAUAAUCAAAUGAUUGCCCCAAAAAUUCAAAAGCAACUAGUGGAUGCUUGUGCUGUUGAGACCACAAAUGCUAUUCUAGUUGAUCUUGGAGAUAGGUGGUUCACUUUACUGCUCGAUGAGGCUCGUGAUUGUUUAGUGAAAGAGCAAAUGACAGUUGUUAUUAGAUAUGUGAAUAAACAUGGAGAGGUGAUUGAACAAUUUAUGGCUGUAGUUCAUGUUGCAACAAUUACAACUGCUUGUUUGAAUGAGGCAAUCGACUCUUUAUUUGAUAAGUAUGGUUUGUCAGUGGCAAGAUUGAGGGGUCAAGGAUAUGAUGGUGCUUCAAAUAUGUCUGGAGAAUUUAAUGGCUUAAAGUCACUGAUAAUGAAAGAAAAUCCAUAUGCAUUGUAUGUUCAUUGUUUUUCUCAUCAACUCCAGCUAGUGGUUGUAGCUGUUGCUCAAGCAAAUCAAUAUGUUUGUGAUGUCAUGUGGAUUGUUUGUUCGAUUGUGAACACAUCUACAUCAUCUUGCAAAAGGGCCGACAAACUUCGACAACUUGAACAUGGUAGAAAAUUUAAACUUCAUGAAAGAGGAGAGAUUAGUUUUGGUAGAGGACUAAACCAAGAAACUAGUCUAGCUAGACCUGGAGAUACACGAUGGGGGUCUUAUCAUUCAACUUUAUGUUGUAUUGAAUAA